GAGAGGCAUCAGCAUGAAGGCCACCCUGAGAACGGUUAUUUUCGCCGGGACUCUUUUGACCGCGACCUCGGCAUUCGCUGGGGAGCAGACCGUGACCCUGGAGGUCAGCGGGAUGACCUGCGCGUCCUGUCCCUACAUCGUCAAGCAGUCUCUGGCCGCUGUCGACGGCGUGACGGAUGUCGAAGUCUCAUUCGCGGAGAAAUCCGCGGUCGUCACCUGUGACGACAGCAAAACCGAAGUGGCAGCACUCACCGCCGCCUCGCCCUUGUCGCGGGAAUUGCCGUACUCGAGAGACCAACCAGUGAACGACAAAAAACUACUUCGCACGGGCUCCAUAGGGGCGACCAUCGCCGCCAUCUGUUGGUUCACGCCCGCCCUGGUCGUUCUCGUCGGGUUUGUGGGACUAUCGGCAAUCGUCGGCUGGCUCGACUACGGCUUGUUCCCGAUCUUGUUCGCCUCCCUGGGGCUGGUUGCCUACGCGCUUUAUCUGCGCGCCGGCCGCCAGGGUCCGUCGCCGACGCCUAUGAUCGUCGUGGCCGUCGUUGCACUUUCCGCGCUGCUCUUCUGGCUCGAGUUCAGCUACGCGCUGCGCAUCUCCAUCGCGGCCACUCUUACCGUUGCAGCCUAUGCCUACUACUUGCGUGCGUGUGUGCGGCGGCAAA